AUGAAUGAUUCUGGUGACAAAACUACUCAAGAUUUCAUUGAGAAUGUAUCUCCGAGCUCUACGAACAUCCCUGCCCACGCGACACACACCCCGUUAUGGCAGUUACUAAAGCGAUGGCCGAAAGUGGUCAUGUACUGCCUGGCAUUGAGCUCCGCCAUUCUACUCUACGGCUAUGAUCUAGUCAUCGUGGGAACAGUAUCGGCCAUGCCAGCAUUCCAGCAUACUUUUGGCGAGAAACUAGGAACCAAAUACAUAAUUCCAUCCAUGUGGCUUUCCCUAUGGAACGCAUCCAGUCCGAUCGGCAUGAUGAUAGGGUCUAUCUUCGGUGGUCAUUUCCAAGAUCGGGGCGGUCGUCGACUCGCCCUCGCGAUCGGGAGCUUUUUGUCCGCUAUCGCCGUCGCCAUAUGUUACGUUGCUGAUCUUCCUGAUGAUAUUGGGUCCCGUCGUGGAGUUUUUCUAGCCGGGAAACUGUUUCAGGGGAUUUGUAUUGGAAUUCUACUCUGUGUUGUCCAGACUUACAUGUCUGAGGUCCUCCCAGUUGCUCUCCGGGGGCCGAUCAUUGCUUUCUUGCCGAUAUUCACAUUACUUGGUCAGCUACUCGGUGCUAUUGUGGUUUAUGUCUCCCUACAGAGAGAAGGAGCGCAAAGCUAUCGAAUUUGCUUCGCCUCACAGUGGCCCUUCUCGGCUGUUCCCCUAUGCCUGUCGAUACUGCUGCCAGAGAGUCCAACGUGGCUACUCCGAAAGAACAGACCAGAAAAAGCGCUGAAAGCUCAGAGAAAACUGGACACGAUCCACGUUGACUCUACCGCGGCUAUCGAAGAGUUACAUUUGGCCAUUCUAGCAGAAGAGGAAGAAAAUGCUUCCUAUGGUUAUAUGGAUUGUUUCCGAGGAACCAACCUCCGACGGACACUGAUUGUCUGUCUGGCCAGUUCUCUGCCUCAACUUUUUGGUCUGCAACUUCUUGCAAACGCCUCAUACUUUAUGCAAAUUGUCGGAAUGGGCUCAACAAACAGUCUCAUUUUCCUCAUACUUGGCAUUGGCCUCGGUUUGAUCGCAAAUAUUGUCAGCCUGUGGGUGUUGAAUGGCCUGGGUCGACGCUUUUUGUGUAUGUUUACUCUGGCCACUGCCACGGUACUGUGGUUAGCUAUGGGCAUUGCUGGCUGCUUUCAAGGCAUUGUCACGAUUUGGUACACUGCCGUCACAAUGAUGGUCAUUACGAUGGUCUGCGGUCUAGGCAUUUGGCCGGCCUCACAUGUUGUUGCUGCCGAGACUUCAUCCCUACAACUACGAGCCAAGACACAAGGCAUUGGCUGGUUCACGAGUGGCAUUGCGACUGGUGUGUUUUCGAUCAUUUUGCCUUAUAUAUACAACGCAGACAAGGGAAAUCUCAAGGCAAAGACAGGAUUCUUCUUAGCUGGAGUGGCUGCCAUCGCCGUUAUUCUAACCUGGCUCUUUAUCCCGGAGAUGAAGGGUCGAUCGCCUAUGGACAUUGACCGUAUGUUUUCUAUGAAGCUGGAUACACGGAAGUUCAAGGACUGGAAUAGCGAGAUAAUUCCUGAGAAAGAUACUACUAUCCCGCAGCAAAAUGCGUGCGUAUAG